UAAUGAGUAUGUUCAUGGUAUCAAGUCUCUGUUUAUGAGUUUGUUGAAUCGAGCCGUGUUGGGAGGAAACUCUACCCAUUUCAUUUAGUAAUCAAUUCUGUCAAUUUCAACAUCAUCUUCUCAUCUGUUCAUCUUCACCGGAAAAGUCAAAACUCGGCUACCUCUAAACAAACGAUCAAACCAUCCCGAUUCGAAAUCCAUCGUUUUUCUUCAACCCCAUUUUGGCUAUGGCGAUCGCGAUGGCCAAAUCUUUCGAUCCCCAAUCCCAGAUUUACACUUCCCCACGUCCCCCAAUCCACUUUCCAACCGACCCCACUAUCUCCAUUGUUUCGUUUGUCUUCCGAAACUCCUCCUCUUUCCUUCAUAGCCUCGCUCUCGCCGACGCUGAUUCCGGCGAAUCCCUAACUUUCCGUCAGCUUCAAAUCCAAGUCUCCAAGUUGGCCCAUGCGUUUAUCCACCUCGGGAUUCGAAAAGGCGAUGUGGUUCUCAUAUUUGCGCCUAAUUCCAUUCAUUUCCCUGUUUGUUUCUUCGCCAUUGUUGCCAUUGGAGCCAUCGCCACCACUUGUAACCCUGCUUACACCUUCGUGGAACUAUCAAAGCAAGUCGCGAACUGCAACCCCAAGCUCGUAAUCACCGUUCCAGAACUCUGGGACGUAAUCGGUAAACUCAACUUGCCUUCUAUAAUCUUGGGUUCUGAAAUUUCUUCGAAAUCCUCCCGCCCCAAUAUCUGGGUUUACUCCGAUUUGAUCAAAAACUCCGGCGACGUGUCCGAUUUUCCUGUGAGUGAAGUGGGUCAGAGCGAUGUGGCGGCACUUUUGUAUUCAUCUGGGACGACAGGGAUUAGCAAGGGAGUGAUUCUGACUCAUAGAAACUUCAUAGCGACGUCGUUAAUGGUGACCCAUGAUCAGGACCUUCUUGGUGAUCCUAGAAACGUGUUCUUAUGCUUUCUCCCAAUGUUCCAUGUAUUUGGUCUCUCUGUAAUUCUUUACUCGCAGCUUCAAAGAGGAAACACCGUCGUUUCAAUGGCGAAGUUUGAGCUGGAAAAGGCUUUGGGAGUGGUGAUGAAGUAUAGAAUCACUCAUCUUUAUCUUGUUCCGCCUGUAAUUAUAGCCAUGGCGAAGCAAAGUGUGGUGAAGAAGUAUGACUUGUCGUCGUUGAAGCAGAUUUUAUCUGGGGCGGCGCCUCUUGGGAAGGAUGUGAUGGAAGAAUGUUCUAAGGUUUUACCUCAGACCAAGAUCACGCAGGGGUAUGGUAUGACAGAAACUUGUGGAGUCAUUUCAAUGGAGAAUUUGGGGGUCGAAUCUAGACUAUCCGGGUCAACUGGACUCCUUGUUUCAGGAAUUGAGGCCCAAAUUUUGAGUACAGAAACGCAGAAGCGUCUCCCACCCGGUGAAACAGGGGAGAUAUGCGUGCGAGGACCAAAUAUGAUGAAAGGAUAUUUCAACAAUCAGAAAGCCACCAGCCAAACCAUAGACGAUCAAGGAUGGGUUCAUACUGGAGAUAUCGGAUACUUUAAUGAAGAAGGAGAAUUGUUUGUUGUGGACAGAAUCAAAGAACUCAUCAAGUGUUAUGGUUUUCAGGUUGCACCAGCGGAGCUUGAAGCACUGCUACUUUCCCAUCCUCAAGUAAUAGAUGCCAUUGUGAUCCCAUAUCCUGAUGAUAAAGCCGGUGAGGUCCCUAUUGCAUUUGUUGUUCGUUCACCUAACAGCUCAAUAAAUGAAGAAGAUGUUAAAAGUUUUAUCGCGGGUCAGGUUGCACCAUUCAAGAGAUUAAAAAUAGUAACCUUCACGAGUAGCGUUCCGAAGUCGGCUUCGGGAAAGCUUCUGAGAAGGGAGCUCAUAGCACAAGUCCGUGCCAAGAUGUAGACGUCAAAAUGUUGAAUAGAAAGAACGUAAGUUAUUCUGAUACAGUUCGCAAAGAAAUGUAUUUACAGCUUGAUGAACACAUGAACAAUGCAACACCAAUUUACAUGGAUCAUAAUAAAUAACAGCUUUACUUUUGGGAAA